AUGCCGCCAGUUUUCGAAGGCCACAGCCCUAGUAUCACGUUCGCUGGCGAUUCGGCCGAAUUCCCCAUCGAGAUCCCCGAUGAUCCUGUCAACACGCCAACUAUCCAGGAAUGCUUCAUUGGGCCGUUGACCAUGAGAGAAGCCUUGGCUCAAGCUUUGGCUGAAAUAGCCUCGAUUUCCGCCAACAGACAGGUCUUGGUUCGUUCUUAUCGAAUCUUCCACAAUGAAGAAGCCGAAAGACUCGGUCGCUUUAUCGUUCCACCAGGGUAUCACGCUUCAAUGGAACGCAAUAAUCGCGGGAACGACCACUCUUAGAGUGAGAGAAACCCUUCCAUACACCUUGUACCCCCCUUAUCAAUCAUCCAUCAAAAGCGAAGAGAGUGACAUCCAAAUGAUCUAUAAGAAACAAGACUGUUUCUGUUCCACUUC